AUACAGCCUGGAAUCUAACCAGGGUCUGUAGUGACGCCUCUAGCACUGAGAUGCAGUGCCUUAGACCGAUGCGCCACUCGGGAGCCCAUCUGGUGGUCCACAGCAUAGAGUUUGUGUAGCCCAGUCCAGCCAGCGAUUCAAAUUCCCGCUAUAACGACUUCAUGCUUUUCCCAUUUGUCCCGAAAUCAUGCCUUCAGAAUCUUGACUGACGCACGUAGUUAGUGGGAUGAACGUCAGUGACAUGAACCCAAUACUCCACCUUGGACCUACCGGUAGUAUCAGCAAGAAAACGACUGUUUUACACCCUUGGCGCUGUGCUUUUGAUGGCGUUCUUGCAGAGGACUGGAGACUACUGCCACGCUCAACAUCCCAGAGCAUAGGCUGAUCCAGGGGAGGAUGCCCACUGCUCUGCCUUGUCCGCCUAAUACCCUUCACUGAUCCCUGGGUACCAACGCAUCGAGGGCUCCCUGCCUCCCAGGACUCUGCACACCCUAGGUCUGUCACUCUAAGACCCUCUCUCAGGAACCCUAAUGGGAUGAUUGGACUAACUAUUCCACGACUCUUCAGUGAAAGCCCAAGACCUCAUCUAAACCAACCACAGUGACCCUCCCAAGGAUCGACCAACCCGAGGACAGACUUGUAUUUUUUAUUGUCUUAAAGGAGGGACAGGACUGAGAACGUCUGCAGGAGUUUAGCCCACCAGCGACCGUGGCCACCGUAGACGACCAGUUUGUGGUCCCCUUGCGUCCCUGUCCGUGUUGCGUUCGCCCCCCCAGCUGGGUAAGGGUUGUCAACAUGGCCCGUAUGAACCGUCCGGCGCCGGCUGAGGUGUGCUACAAGAACAUGCGGCUGCUCAUCACGCACAACCCCACCAACUCCACCCUCAACAGCUUCAUCGAGGACCUUAAGAAGUACGGAGCCACGACGGUAGUGAGAGUGUGUGAGGUCACCUAUGAUAAGGCUCCAUUGGAGAAGGAUGGCAUCACCGUGGUGGACUGGCAGUUUGACGACGGUGCGCCCCCUCCCUCUAAGGUGGUGGAGGACUGGCUGAGUCUGCUACGGUCUCGUUUCCUGGAAGACCCAGGCUGCUGCGUGGCCGUGCACUGUGUGGCUGGACUGGGCAGAGCCCCGGUGCUGGUGGCGUUGGCACUGAUCGAGAGUGGGAUGAAGUAUGAGGAUGCCAUCCAGUUCAUUAGACAGAAGCGCAGAGGGGCGAUCAACAGCAAGCAGCUGACCUACCUGGAGAAGUACCGCCCCAAACAGAGACUGCGCUACAAAGACCCACACAUCUUCAAGAACAAGUGCUGCAUCAUGUGACCCCCAUUUCCACCCUCAGCCAAUCAACUGCCUGCCACCUGAUCGAUCUGACCCGAAUGGAUAACGACAAUGGACGAGUCCACAGCCAAUGCACUUUGUGACUGAACUAUGAGAACUAUGAAUCAUUGAGUGAGCUAAGCAGCUCCACCAGGGGAAGGGUGUGAUCAGUCUCCCUGGUGCCUAAAGAUGGCUCUUACUGAGGGGGCCGAUGGAUCAAGCCCUCCUUGAAUCUGACUUUUUAUCCAAGAGCCAGCCGGAGGUAGCUUGGAAUGGAUGGUGGAUGUGGCACAGGACGUUGACACUCGUCACAUUGAACACCGUCAUCACCAUGGGGUUGUGCCUCGCUGCAAGUUAUUUGACUUGCAGUUGACUUUGUCAUUGUACCUCCAACGCCCCCUUGCUACCAAAUGGUGGUAACGCCUCAAAUCAUUGUCUGAAAGAGAGACAGCUUUAGCUGUAUGAAUAUGAAACCAAUGUGAAUCAUGGGGGAGGGGGAAUGUUUGUGCCUGGUUGCCCUUUCUCUCCCUGCCUACAGUAGGGGGACUGAGCUGUUUUCUGUUCACUCCUUGUUCCAAGGUUAAUGCUAUCCGGAAUCCUUGGGCCAUCCUUAACCCUUACCUAACCCCAACCAUAACCCUUACCUAACCCCAACAAUAACCCAUAGCAUUUUAAAUUUAAACUUGAAUAGAGAGAAAUAGUAAUGCUGUCUUUUUGUAGCCACUAACUCUGCCGUGGUUUGUUGGACAAAGCCUAUGGGGAAAUUAAUGCCAUUUUGUUGGGUUUUUGGAUUUGGAUUUUGAAGCAUUUAUGUAAUCAAAAAUGUGCAUAAAGGCUUUAUCUAUAAAGGUCAUGUUAACUGACUGAUAGUAUCUCAUAGAACAAAACAUAAAAUCUCCUAAACCUGUGUUAACCUUGACCUUAUUUUAGGCUUUUAUCUCAAAACCUUAUUCUUUCCCCAUUUUAUUUUCCACAUAGGCUAUGGCUGAACGAACCUAAGGUAGCUCAUUUCCGUUUUUUAGGACUACAACCUGGCGAGCUCUAUGGGGUGACAUCAGAGUUGGACGUCCCAAGGAUACCGGAUAGCAAAGACCCUUGUUCCAAUGCCCUGAUAAUGUGUUUACUGUAAUAUAUUUUUGUCAUGAUGCUUCUUUCUAGCUUUAAUAUUCAGUGGUCUUGCAGAUGAGAACAGGUGGGAAGGUUAUAGGAAUAAGGUGGGGUGCACCUGGAUAAUAACCAACAGGUUUAUUUGUACUGUACCUACACUAUGUAAUUGAUGUUAGGACAGGUAGGACUAUUCACUUACACUGGCUCGUGUGGCAAAUGGGUGAAUGGGACAAAGUAGGGUGACGUUGCCCCUAGACGCUGAUCUUGGGUCAGUUUAGCAUUUUCCCCACUAAUGGUUAAGGUUAGGAUUGGUUGAGGGUAAGCUGAUCCCAGAUCUGUACCUAAGGGACACACCACCAGAGCGUAUGGGACACUGAGUGGAGCACACUUGGGUGGCUCUAUGUUCAUAUCCUGUACUGAAACGUGGCCCUCUCUUUCUCUCUCUGCACCAUGCUUUUUGUUACAUGGAGGCUGUAUGCUGAAUCUACCCACAUGGAGUAAAAUGUUGUUGAAGUUUAGGGUCACAGUGGCCUUUCGAGGGCCCUUUGAUUUAACCCACCCGCCCCCAUCUGCAUAGCUGGUUAGGCCUACACAAAAUGAAUGCACAUCAUGAAUUGUUGUUUUCUAGUUACGAGCCCAGUUUCUCUGAUAUCAGGUCAACUCUUGUACAGGUGUAGUUAGUUUACACCUCACCAGACAGACACACAGCCUCGUCUCUGUUCUCCGCAUUGAAAGUCGCCUUCUUCUGUCAGCCUUUGAAGAAACCACCUUCAGUUGUAUAGAAAUAAUAAAAUAUUUCAGUCAUCCACUGUC